AUGGCCAACUAUCAGACUCGACAUAUCCGAGACGAAUGCAAUUGUUUGGAUGUAUCCAUACCUGUUGAGGAGAUGACUAGAAUCGUCACGGAAGGCGACGUCCCACUUGUCUCGAUCCAUCCCCAGGCGCACGGAAUUAUCGACCUUUGUGUCAGCAGAGCUACAAACGCAACCGAUUAUGUCGCCUUCUCCCACGUCUGGUCGAACGGUCUGGGCAACCCACAAGGAAAUUCACUACCACAAUGUCAGUUGGAGUACUUCGCAGAUGCAUUCGUAGAAGCAGGCUGGGACCGGGCUCGACUGUUCUGGAUAGACACUCUCUGCAUACCUAUCAAUCAAGCUGCGCUGAAGACGAAGGCUAUCAACCAGAUGGGCCUCAUCUACUCCGCUGCAUCUUCCGUCUUCGUGCUUGACGCCGAGUUGCAGCAGAUCAGAGUCAGCGAAACCGCUGACCACAGCCACAUGCUAGCCCUGCAAGCACAUAUCCUCACAUCAGCCUGGAUGGGAAGGUCAUGGACCUUGCAGGAAGGAGCGCUGGCGAAGGCAUGCUCUUUUGCCUUCGCGGACGGGAUUCAGCACAUGAGAAGCUCUUUGCCCGACUUGGAGCGCUACUCGCUCGCAACAAAGAAGUCGAAUGGGGACCGCUUGGGUAUGUUGUCGAAUCUCAUAUCCUCUCGCGGCUUACAGGAGCCUUAA